AUGGCAACAACAUGUGCCACGGUCUCUCCAGAGGCAAAGAAACCCAACUCGAUCACCAUCAACGGGUUUCGAAUUUCAACACAGAAGCUACCCAUUCUCAAAGCCGACCCGAUCGAGGAAAUGACCCAGAAACUUGGCAUUGCACCCCCGGAAAUGAUCUUCGGUGAUAAUUAUGUUGCAAUAGAGCAUGAGAAGGGUAACUGGGGCAUCAAUUUCAAUGCGUUUGAUGCCUUAGACUUGGUUGACAAAACUGGACAAUCCAUGCUCCAGGUCGCGUACUCAGGGGAAUGGCAAAAGAGCAGAGAGAAAACUCAUGAAGGGAUUAAAGAAGUCGUGAAGCCGUUCGACUGGUCAUAUAGCACCGACUACAAGGGCACCCUCCAUCCUAAUGCGCAGCCGUUCGAGCCAACGACGAAGUCCAUUCCAAUUGAACUAUUGAAGCGCCCAGACCCCAUCCUAUUUUUCGACGAGGUUGUUCUUUACGAAGACGAGCUGGCGGACAAUGGGAUUACCAUGCUGUCUUGCAAGAUUAGAGUGAUGCCAGGGAGACUCCUUUUAUUGACAAGGUUCUUCAUGAGGCUUGACCACGUUUUGAUACGACUCCGAGACACUCGAGUCUAUGUGGACUUUGCGACAGGUGAAGUUAUUCGGGAAUAUGUCUCGAAGGAGUGUGAAUACGAGAAAGUUCGACAGAUGCUAGCAGCAACCAGGGACGAUAUUCCGGCUUUCUUGAGAGAUCCCAACCGACUCUCUGAGAUCCUCCCACUUGUAGAAAAACACUCCGAGCGAUUGGUGCUAGGCGAUUGA